AUGUCGCUCUCAUCAAGCACUCCCAAAUUUCGAGUAGCAAUCUGCGGUGCAGGGAUAGGAGGGCUUGUCCUUGCUAUCACAAUUGGGAAGUUUGCAGGUCACAGUAUCCACAUAGACUUGUAUGAAGCGCAUGAAGCUAUCACAACUGCUGGGGCUGGGGUCGGAAUCUCGCCGCGCACAUUAGAGGUCAUAAAAGAACUCGGCAUAUACGAAGAGUACUCCCGUGUUGCGAACAAGCCCUCUUCUUCCAGUCUUGGGCCAACACUCAGGAGGUCUAAUGCCCCACAGGGUGGUGUCGAAUGGUUCCGUCAGAAACUGACUAACGCACCAUCACAUAUCCAUCGCCAGCAUCUCGUAGAAAUUCUCGAACAAUUCCUUCCCUCAUCAUGCACACUCCAUUUCAAGAAACGCCUCACUCGAUAUGACGAGCAGCCAUCAGGAUCACUUAUCCUCCACUUCGCUGAUGACGGUACCGCAACUACGGAUUUGUUGAUAGGGGCAGACGGCAUCCGCUCAUCAGCACGGAAGACGCUCUUCGAAACAUUAAACCGAGACGUUGUAGACCCAACUAAGAUAGGACACUACAUUGAUCCAUCCUGGACUGGAACGCUUGUCUAUCGUGCUAUUAUACCAGCGAAGAAGGUCUCGGAAAUAGAUCCAAACAACAUAGCCUUGAAGGAUUUUACAGUAUUCUGUGGGAUGGGAAAGAACAUCAUCACGUAUCCGGUUGCACAAGGAACACAGAUCAAUGUAGCGGCAUUUGUUCGUGAUGAUCAAAAAGCUGGCACACCUUUCGAGGGCCAUUGGGUUACAGAUGUGUCCUGUAAAGAGCUCCAGGAGUUAUAUCAGGAUUUCGAGCCUGAUGUUAGAAAUCUGUUGAAGUGUUCCGAAACCACCUCAAGAUGGGCACUUCAUGUAGUAAAUGAAUUGCCGUUAUCCGCUAACGGCAGAGUUGCCCUGAUAGGUGAUGCGUGCCAUGCCAUGACACCCUACUUUGGUGCAGGAGCUGGUCAAGCAAUGGAGGAUGCUUUUGUGCUCGGCCGCCUUCUUGCCCACCCACUCACAACAUUGGAUAACGUGCCCGCCGCGCUGAAAGCAUACCAGGACGUUCGCUUGCCAUUCGUUCAAUUUUUAGCACGUGAAUCGCAACGUGCAGGACAUAUGGUCGACAUUGAACCGCCUAGUACGGAUGAAGACAAUGCACAUGUACAAGCAAACCUGGAUACUCAAAAAGAGAAGGUCUUAGCUCAGUUCGAUUGGGCAAGCAAGGGUGGUGCCGUUGCCGAAUGGUUAGAAGCAGAAAGGAAAUUCCAGGAAAGCAUAGGUUUGACGGACGGGCAAUAUGAAAAUGGGUGUAUCGUUGAUGUUGUCAGGACGCUCUCUGCCCUGAACGUCUAA